CGAAAUUGGGACGCACAUCAGCUGUUUGUUUUGUGCGGAAAGUCGUGUGCCAAACAAGCAAGACUCGCUCCGUAUCCGCUGCUGCGUGUGUGUGUGUUGGUGUGUGGCAGAGAGGCAGAGCGAACAGACCACACUACAACCAUCGAUCAUGAGUGAUGGAAGCGGCGCUGGCAGCAGCAGCAGCAGCAGCAGCGCAAGCGGUCAUGGUGGCGGUGGCGUGGAAGAGGCCCUGAGAAGGGCGCUGAGAUCACCAGCACAACACCACAAGAAGGCAACCACGGCGGCCAUGGCGCUGCUACAGAACACACCACAGAAACCAACGGCAGCAUCGAAGACGGAAGGUGGUGGUAUGGGUGCGAGGAGCAGAGAGGAUGAUGGCGCUGCACGCGCCAGGAAGAGGCACCUUGCUUCACGCACCCCGUCCCCAAACCAUGAGCACUUGGCCAAGGCUGCGUUCCGGCCCGUGAUAGAAUCGCCGGCCGUUACGCGAUCACGCACUACAAAGGACUCACCAGCGCGACGCUCCACGGGCGUGGAGUAUGUGGAGGAGUUGGACAUGCAGCCGCGCAAGCUCGAGCUGCCAGCACACGAUGAGGUGGACGAAGAGGAGGAAGCAGAACAUGUGGAACUGGGUGGGCCUGGCCUGCACACCUUGGCUGCGAGGACGGAGAAAGAGGUACCAGACACAGCUAAUGCAGAGGAAGAGCAGCAGGCAGAGACGCAGCAGCAGCGGCGAUCAGGACGACGCCGGCAGGGCGUGCAAGCACGCACAGCUGCUGCCCACGCAAGCGUCGUACCUGGCGACAUUCAAGCGUCUGUGGUGUCCGCGCUGAAGACAGCACAGCAGCGGUCGCAAGCAACAACAUCUUCGCCAUCAGCCCUAGCAUCGCCACCACCUCCGUCACCAUCGUCGUCAUCAUCGUCAUCAUCUGUCCUUGCUGGCGCUCAGCCUCGCAUUGAUCUUUCACAACCUGGUGGCAUCGCACUCGCCCUCGCUGACCCGCUGCAGUCGUCACGUCCGCCUCUCAUGCCGCUUGGGCGCCAUGGCGAGCGCACACCAGUCCGCCCUCCACCCUCCUCCAUCGAGUCCAUGCUGCGACGCGGAAUGGCCCGGGGCACCCAGCGGCUGACACGUCACGAGCAGCUGCUGCAGCGCGCAUCUCAGCUCUCUUCCAGCGCAUCUGCGUUUGCCGCGCGCUUCCGUCGCCCGCGCCCACAAAUCGGAAAGCCGCUGUCACCUAACCCAGCCCUCGAGAGACUGCCCAGUACCGUGACCGGCCUGGAGGACAGCAGCAAGGACAGCGCAGCCUCUCCAGGCUCCCCAUCCACCGCAAUGCCGCCGUCGCCGCGUCGCUCGCCGCGUAAGUCGCCUCUAGACUCUCCGAUUCGGCCACAGGACCUCAGAACAAGCCAGGCCAUCGAUAAGAGCCACGCGUCCCGCCCUUCAGAGCUGCGAUUGCCGGCGCACUGCAUGAAGAUCUUGCGGCAGUUUGAACAACUCGAUAUCAUUGGAAGCCACGUUGCAAAGAAGUACAUGCGGACAUUUGACCGCGUGCAGCCCGGUGUUGAGAAGAUGACAAAGCGAUCCUUCGCCCUCGCGGACCUCGGCCGCAUCAUGCACAUCUGGCCAACCUGCUACAAGCUUGAGCAGGUGCUGAUCAAGGAUGCGCAGCGCGGCACGGGCGAAUACAAACUCAAGAUGACACCGUUGAUGCCAUCCGCUGAUGGCGACACCGAGCACAGGCGCUACCUCUCUGUCGCGGAGAUUCAUGACCGCGUCUCCACAUUCCACAUGCGACUGCUGAACUAUGUCCACACACAUCACGAGAAACACCUUGCGACGCUGCCGGGGAAACCGUCGGUCCCGCUCGCGAAACUUCAGCGGUGGCACUCGGGCUUCCAGGUCGAGCAGGUCCCAGCCAUCCCCGUUGGUGAGGUGCCGCGGCCGCCGGAACGACGCGUAAUGACGGCGAUGGAGGCCCUGAGCCAGUCCCUCGGGCUGACGUCCGGUGCACAGAAGGCGCUGGAGAAGACGGUGGCGCUCUCGGCCAAACACACGUCGCCGCUGUCAAGCCCCAAGAAGCGCGGGUUGAAGGAGGAUGUGAGUGCUAGCAGUGAGGAAGAAAAGGUGGCAUCUCCGCUCAAGGGCUUGGUCUCAGACGCAAUGAUGGCCAGAAUACGCGCCAAGCAAAAGAAACGAACCGAGGCGAGCCUACAGCUCGACUCUGCCGCCACACAGCGCCGCAGUCUGCUCACCCGCUUGCCGACCGUCGCCACCACCAUCUGGACGGAGGGCAAGCGCCGCGCCGCUGGGCCCAUGGACCGCUGGCUGCCCGCCAUCACGAAGAGCUGUGGGCUGUCGAACGCGGCAGCGGAGCAACACAUUGACCUGUUGAUGGAGUUGGUACCCACGUUUAUCAAACGCUUCCUCAGAGACAACCGCACACCGUACAUGAAAGUUAACACCAGCAUCCCCCUGUCCAAGAUUAAGCAAGCCAUCAAGGAUGAAGAAGCCAGGCUCAAUGCAUGACAACAAUGAUGA